AUGGGAGAGAAGGAAAUACAAGCUGUAGUGCAGCAAUUAAUCUCCUUAAGUAUUCGCAAGAAUGAGCCCCAGGGAGCAGAGGCCAAAGCUGAAAGCAGGGAGGAAACAGAAGCUGAGGCAGCCUGUGGGGGGGGGCUUAGCUCGCCCACUGCCCAGGGGCCUGAGCAGCCUAGACAGAAUGAUGGCAGAGGGAGGAGAGACAGGAGGAAAUAUGACCGGAGAGGCAGGCUGCUUAGCAAUGGUGCAGACCUGUGCGACUGCCUCAACGUAGAGUGCUCUGGCUGCUUCUACCCCUGCCCCAAGUGCAACUCCAAGAAAUGCGGAGUCAAGUGUCGCUGCAAUCGGCGCUGGGUCUAUGCCGACAUAGAAAACGAGUCUGGUGACAUGGUCCACUCAUUCCCAUUUGACUAUCCCGACUAA